AUGGCAAGUCUCAUGAAGAAGCUUCGCAGGAAGCGUCGGCUGUCAUCCGAACUGGACACUCGUUGGGGCGAUCCGUCGAUUAGCUAUCCAAACCAGGGGUCCUGGAAUCAGUGGGACCAGCCAUCGGGGUUUGUCGCAAACGCCUCUAUGGACACACCUCAUAACUUUCAGAGAAGCGAGCGGAAAGAUCACAUGCGAACAGACCUCCCGUCGUCCUACGAGCUAGGGCUUUCCAAUGAUUCGCAUUAUUCGAGUGCGACUGCGCGAGAUGAUCAGCUUCAUGCCAUCUCGGUCAUUCCGCGGGGGUAUUUCAACGAAAAUAUCCGACAUCGUGUCGACAGAGGUCGACGAGCCCCCCCGCGAGGACUGGGCAUUAAUCCCCCGUUGCGGGGCACGAAUCACCCUCAAACAGCCACUCCGGGGGAGGAUUCGUGCGAGGACGAUGAUGAUGAGGCGGACGAGGACGAUUGCUGUGAUGAAGACGACGACGAGCAUGGACCGAGUCGGCUUGAACACUCCCGACACGAGUAUAUCACCCGUCAUCCUCAUUCCGCCGAUCCUCAGCGUUAUUCACCGCGGGAGGUACACGAAUACUCUCUUGAUCGACCGUCCAAAUCACCGCCUUUGUCGGUCACGCAGCGCAUGCGUCGGCUCAGCCAGCAGAGUGCCGCGACCGACCCCAUCUCCUCUGCCGCCGGGACAGCGAGCUCCCGACGGACCAGCUACACGGCGGCCUCCUCGGUAUCGGUCCCUACACUCCCCCCCAGCACUCCGCACAUGGCGAUCGGCCUUGAACAACCAAUGCAUGAGAAGCGACCGAUACAUCGUCCCCGGCCGCGGAUGCACGAGGCUCAACCACGGCAGCAGAUGGUUCCCUCAUAUGAUGAGCUUUACGGCUAA